AUAGCCAAAGAUACAGGGGUGGAAAAAGCAGUUAGAGACGGAAUGCUGGAAUUUGUCCACAGAUACUGGGACUGCCCUCCCAUCAUCCCACGGUGUCAGUGGGGGGCGGCAGCCUACCGAGGGUUUCCCUUCCCUUUUGCCCUGCCUCUCCCCUUCCUGUAUAUCCACCACACCUUCGAGCCAGACAGGACCUGUCACUCCUUCUGGCAGUGCUCCAGGAGCAUGAGGGCCAUGCAGAGCUUCCACCAAGAAGACCGCGGCUGGACCGACAUCGGAUAUAGCUUUGUGGUGGGUUCUGAUGGGUACAUCUACGAGGGGCGCGGCUGGCAUCACCUUGGCACCCACACCAGGGGGCAGAACUCUUACGGUUACGGCGUGGUCUUCAUUGGCAACUACUCCUCCUCUCUGCCCUCACGCCAUGUCCUGGAUCUGGUACGCCAACACCUGGCCAAGUGUGCUGUGGAUGCCAGGCGCCUGCAGGCCAACUUCACCCUCCACGUGCACCGGCAAAUGGUGGACACCUCCUGUCCAGGAGACGCACUCUGCUCAGAGAUCAGGGGCUGGGAACACUUUGGGAAAAUGCUCAAGAGGCAAUUCUGUACACUGAAAGCCCAGGGAAGGAUCCCACUGGACCUCCCUCUGAGACCAAUGAAGGCCUGGCUCCUGGCAGGGAAAAGAGUCUUCUUGGAGUGA